UCCUCCCCUGACGUCACGCAGCGCGACAUCUCCAUCACACCACUUUUGCUGUGUAAUCCAGACGAGGCGAAAGAAGGCGUGCUAAAAUAAGACUUUUAAGGAUCAUUAUUCUGUAUUACAUUAUUUAUACAACAUGGAGUAUCUAAUCGGAAUCCAGGGACCUGAUUUUGUGCUAGUCGCUGCGGAUAAUGUUGCAGCCAGCAGCAUAAUUCAGAUGAAACACGACUAUGAUAAAAUGUUCAAACUGAGUGAGAAGAUCCUUCUUCUGUGUGUGGGAGAAGCAGGAGACACGGUGCAGUUUGCAGAGUACAUUCAGAAAAAUGUGCAGCUCUACAAAAUGAGAAAUGGUUAUGAACUCAGUCCGUCAGCCGCAGCAAACUUCACAAGAAAGAACCUGGCAGAUUAUCUCCGGAGCAGGACUCCAUACCACGUGAACAUGCUCCUCGCCGGUUACGACGACACUGACGGCCCGGGCCUCUUCUACAUGGACUAUCUGUCGUCUCUGGCCAAAGCUCCUUUUGCGGCACACGGAUAUGGAGCCUUCCUCACACUCUCCAUCCUCGACAGAUACUACAGGCCAGAUCUGACCCGAGAAGACGCCGUGGAUCUCCUCAAGAAGUGCAUUGAGGAACUGAACAAGCGUUUCAUCCUGAACCUGCCCUCCUUUAACGUCAGAAUCAUCGAUAAAGACGGGAUUCACGACAUGGAGAAACUCACUUUGGGAUCGGCCAAGUGAAACCACAGCUCUUAUAGUCCAGGUUUAACUUUUGUACCACUUUGAUUUGUCUGUUCAAAUAAAAGAGAUGUUAAUAUGAA